GGCAACGGCAAUUUUUUUCAAACCCAUAAAACUGUUGCUUUAUACUAUUAUAGACCACAAUUUUUUAAAGUGCUGCCAAAGUAGAUAAAUGUUUCUAGUUUUAAAAUGCAUCACUAAAAUAACCGUCCCCUAAGAGGAGUGGGCAACGCUUUUUUUUAAAUGGGCUUUCCACGCUUAAGAAUUGUUGCCCUUUAACCGGGUUAAAAUUUCGACGCGCGAAUAAUUGUUUAGUUGGCUCUUAUUUUUUUGUUAACCGUCUGCCCUGUCUGUACCAGAACAAACGAGUAGCAAGUUCAAAAUACUAAAAAAGGAAAAUGAUUCUCUUCUCACAAAUCUCACCAGACUUCUUCUAGGUUUACGAUGGAUCGCUCAAUCAGACCGCUCCUCAAAUCCAAAUGGUUUAUCAGACUAUCUGAACGCAGCUUAAUCUGCAUCUCCCUAUUUUCUCACAGAUCGGCCGAUAUCACCUUCACGAGUGCACGCCUCCCAUACUCGCUCUGAAGUUGUCUUCCAGGUAAGUUUUUUACAAGUUGGAGUUCGUUGAUUCCUACUAAUCAACCUUUUGCUUAUAAUAUGAAAGUAAUAAAUUGGAGUUCGUUAAUUUCUACUGAUUAAUUGGUGUAGAUUAGGUUCAAUUCUAAUUUCUAAGUAUUUUGGAACCUCUCGUAAGAAUGGUUUCAUUUUAAUGUGAGAUUUGCUAAAUUUUGGAUCGAAUAGUACAAAUAGGGAUAACCAGUCCCAGUUUUACAUCUAAAUUUUGGAUCGAACAGUGAUUUUCUAAUGUUCAAAUUGAUGGCCGGUUUUGGAUGGGCUGGUUCCUCACCCCCAGUAGCAAUCAUAACCCUUACCAAUUACAGAGUAUUAUGAUCGAUUUUGCUGGUUCUGAUCCAUUUAAGGUAGUUUGACUCAACUUUUGUUUAAAUUUUUUGAUAUAUCAUUACAGUUUACGACAUAUACAUACAGUGUAUUACUUCAAAUUGUGGUCUUAGUGCUUCAGUCGUCACAUGUACUAGAUUCAUCUAUUUGUUAGACUAUAUUACCUCUAUUAAAGUGUACUUCAAUUGAUGAUCUAGGUACUUCAAACGUACUAGAUAGUGUAUGUCAGUUUGCUCCUAAAUUGCAUCUGUUACACUUUAAUUCACAUGUACUUCUAGUAUGUACUUGAAGUACACUAUUGAACACAAUCAUCGAUAGUCCAUUUGUUAGACUAAAUUACCUCUUAUUUACUUUUGCACGUGUAUUACAUUUAGUAUUUCUUUAGUGCUUCAAAUCAUGAGGUCAAUCCAUGAUUUUAAAUUCAUGGAUGAACAUUCAUUGGUUGGAUUGUGAUAUGUGACCCUACUUAAAAGAGCUUUAAAAUGGAGACCUGCACUAUAUUAACCAAGUUAUGACAUUAGGUAUUGUAAUACUUGGUGACAUGCUCCAUAUCCCCCAAAUGUGUGAAAACAAAGCACAAUUGUUAAUUUGUUAUAAGAAUCGGGAUUUAAAACCAAAUAUGGGCAAGUAGGUUUAUGUACAUCAUGUUCUUUUCAUUUACAAUUUUGAUUCUUUAUUUUUUUUCAAACCUCUAUCACUUCUCAUGAGUAAAUUUUUAAUGGAAAAUGAUGAACGUGUUUCUAGGCUUUAUGUUUAUCAAGGACUUAGUAAAGAUGAUAUUGUAUAAAUGUAAUAUACCUUCAUGUUAUACAUACAUCAAGUUUAAAACAUGUCAGGAACAUGCACGUAAGAUAAGUAACAAAAGUACCCUCACUAAGUCUCUUUAAAACAUCUUUAGCACCACUAUAAAAAGAUGCAUCAUGAUUGUAACAUUGAGUUAUUUAACUUUGUAAGAAAAAUGAUACGUUUGUAUACUUCAUAUAGGAAACACAAUAUAUAGAUUUUGGGGACAUAAUAAAUGAAUUUUCCUUAUCAUUUAGGUCUCCUUUUCUCAGGCGUUUUGGGUAUUUUUAAGUUCAUAAUAAUGGAAAAACAUUAUAUAUGAAUGGUUGUUCUUGAAACAAGGUAAACAAUCAAACUUUGUUUAGAUAUGAUAAGUAUACUUCUGCCUUUUGUUUUUAUUAAUAUGUUCAUAUUCAAGGUUUAGAUACCCUACUUAUUACUAUGUCCUGAGAAACUGUAAAAGGAAAAAAAGUGCUUUAACAAACUGUAAGAGGAAAUGAGAAACCAGGGAGAGUACGGUGCCAUGGAAGAACUACAACACGUUCUCUCUUGAAAAAAAAGGAAGAACUGGCAGAAAUGGAAAAAAGACACGCCACUGAGGUGAAAGUAUUAAAUGAUAAAAUUCAAGAGCUAGAGAACAAAUGUGCUAGACAAAUGGCAGCAACAGAUGAAAAAUUCAGGCUUCUUCUAACGAUGUUAAAUCCGAACAAAUCUGGAAUGGAUUUAGGUGCCUUUGCAGCUUUUCUAUCUACUACAGCAGAUACUAACCAUGGUUUGCAUUCUUCUACAUCAACAUAUGCCCCAUGUGAUAAUGAGAUAAAUGAUGACGGUGAUGAAGAAAGUGAAGAUGAAGACAUGAGCAUGGAUGGUUAUGAGUGAUUUGAUGAAGUUUGUUUUCUUUUUGUUGUGGUUUUAAGUGAUUUGAUGAAGUUUUAAGUGAUUGUUGUGUGGGGAUUAAGACACUUCUACUGUGUUGUUUUAGACUUUACAAACCUUGUAUGGUGAUAAGGUGAUUAUUAUAUAUAGCAGAACUUGGUUGGAUUGUGAUUUGUGAGUGAUCAUUAUGAACUAUUUUGUUGGUGCAUAGAAGAGUGAAAUGUAUCCAUUUUUAAAGAGCAAAAUUGCU